GGAACUACUUCCGCUUCCGGCUGUUUUCCCGGAAAUGAUUGGUUGGCAUUGGCAACGUUUUAGCCAGCAUUUACGGCGUUUAGUCUGUGAAUAAAGACAUUAUAAGGAGCCAAUACACAAAGAAUUCAGCUGGGGACUUCUAAACCGUUGCUUCUGUCAAAUCCACUCACCACAGAGGAGCGAAGAGCGAGUACAGACUGCAAACAGAAUGACCAGCUCAUCAGCUCCCAGGAUGGUGAACAGUUACAAGCGGACAUCAAGCCCUCGAUCCCCUACUAACAGUGGGGAGCUCUUUACCCCAGCACAUGAAGAAAAUGUGCGCUUUAUACACGAUACCUGGCAGUGUGUGGUCCGGGACAUGAAAUCACCACAAAAUAGUGAACGUAAUGAUCGUGGACCACAGGAGUAUGUGGAGAAGAACCCAAACCCUAACCUACAUUCUUUCACACCGGUAGACCUGAGUGACCUCAAAAAACGCAACACACAGGACUCAAAGAAGUCCUAGUCUUUUUCAUCAUGAUCCCACCAGGGUUUUCUUUUUUUUCCAUCUACUAUCCUCAAGAACUUUUCCUCCAUCAGCCCUUUGUCAGCCCGAAAGUUAGUCCUGUUGGCUUGUCUAACACAGAAUGCAAAACUCAUUUCUGAACUCUGGACCAUAGCAAACCCCAUCUCUUACAUUACCCUCUGCAAAUGUCUAAGAGGAAAAGAACUGGGAUUUCAUGGAGCACAAGAGCGCCUCUCUUGUGGUUCAUGUUUUUUAUAAGCCACGAAACACAUGUACAUUCGUUAUGUGGACUUCCUGACAUCCAGUGCCGAGGUACAAACUGUUUCUCAACAGGACACAAAAGACUGCAGUCUUAAUACAAUUCUACUACUACUUCUUCUAUGGCUUCGGAGGAAAAUGUGAAAGGGCUGACUUUUAUUUUUUUGUUCAUUUUGGAAGCUAGAUCAACAAAUUGUAGAAGUAAAUGAAUGGCCACAUUGGAUACAGACCAUACGGGCAAGUUUUAAAAGCCAAAACACAAACUUAAAGGCCAUUGUUUUUAUUAUACAUUUUCUUGCCCAUCGGAAGGACUUAAAUAAGUAUAACCCACACCCCUGAGUAUGCUGCCCCUGGUUUAUCUCCCUCCUCCCCUUGGCUUGAAACAAAAUGUUGAAUAAAAUACUUUUACAGUA